CUCUGGUUUCAGGUGGUUGACCAAAAAUGGCUGUCUUUACUCAUUACACGAUUCUUAUUCUCCUACUGAUCAGCACAGCCGAUGCCCGGAUUCUCAGUCUGGAUUCCUCCGACGAUCACCUGAUCUCAGAUGGAAUCAGUGAACCAGAUUCGUCGUGGUCUGCUGCGACCACGACGAAUCUGAGCGGCUGCAGGCACCAGUACGGUUUCCUGCCGUGCGCGGAAAAUGCCGCCGGCUACAUUUUCCUCAUAGUGGUGUACCAAGUGCUCCUCAUCGUCGGAGACAAGCUCAUCGCCAGCGGAAGCCAAGUCUUCUUAUUCGUCACCGGCCCUAGAAUCGGGGGUAUUAUAUUCCGUAUCCUCAGAGCUCUGCCGUCGAUGACGUUCAUGAUCAUAUCCGCAGUUUUGGGCGAGAAAAGGGACGCUCAAUCGCAAGUGUCCGGUGUCAUAGGCAUAUAUGCCGGAAUCACCGUCUUCAGCCUCACGGUUCAGUGGUUUAUGACCAUGUUAUCUGCUAGCAAGUCACUGAAGAAAGACGCAGACGAGCAACAACAUGGUUUUCUGUCGAAAAUAAAGCUCAGGAACUUGAUAGAGAACGGUGUUGAUGUUGACGACGAUACGUGCAGAACUGCUAAGAUUAUGCUCUUAUCUUUGAUUCCUUACGUCGUUCUUCAGCUCGUUUACACCUUCGACACCUUCUUUGCGAAGCGUAUCAUAACUCUGAUAGCUCUUGUCGUAUCGUCCUUGUCUCUGUUUUCGUAUUUCGCUUAUCAGAUAAAGAAUCCAUGGAUGCAGCAAAGAAGUUUAGAUUAUUCGAAAAUUGAUAGCGUGGAGAGAGGUUUAAUACAGCACGUGGAACAGCUCGGGAAGCUUGUGAACGAAGACGGAACACCCAACACUGCUCUAAUCAGAAGUUUCUUCGAUAAAGAAGAUAAAGACGAUGAUCAAUGCAUAGCGGUGGACGAAUUAGAAAAAAUGGUGCGCAAUGUCUUCAAGGCUGGUAAGGCGGAUGUUAAUCAAACUGAAGCCAUGAACGGCGUCCUGAAUAAGCUCGACAGGAACAAGGAUAAGAGAAUCACAGAAGAAGAAUUCGUCAACGGAUUCAUACAAUGGAUUCAUGAAGCCAAAUCUUCUAGUGAUGAUUUCAAUGCAACAGAAAUGUUGCAAAAGGCCACUCAGCUGCUGAAAGAGAAGAACGAAAACAAUUCCUCCGACAUUGACAGAAUUAUGGCGAAGGUUUUGAAGCAAGCCGAAGGGCAGCUGUUGAAGUCUGAAGCACUCAUAGCAGAUAACGGAGAGCCAAACGUUGAGCGCAUUAAGUGUCUGUUCAGGGAAUUCGACACUGACAAAAGCGGAACUCUAACAGCAACAGAACUAAAGCAACUGAUAGGCAGAGUGAAAUUCGGAACGUAUCAAAUGAAAGACGAAGAUGUGGUAAAGGAGAUGUUUAAAUGCUUUGAUCAAGACGGGAACGAAGCAAUUGAUGAGAAAGAGUUCAUGAAGGGAGUGCAAGACUAUCUAGACAAGGCCAUGAAAGCCGUUGGUUCUUCACAAAAGACUCGAGCUCUUGAAGAAUUUGAGAAGAUUGUGUGGAAUGAAGAAGACUAUGGCGUUGAUGCUGUGUUGAAAUCUCUUCUUCAAGUGAUACUCGGGAUAGGUAUGCUUACCUUCUUGGCAGGACCUCUGAUGGGUACCAUUAUGGAGUUAUCAAAUGCAAUGAACUUCCCCUCCUUCGUCGUCUCCUUUGUCGUCGUUCCAUUAGCCAUGAAUGGCAGGGUCGCACUGAUGGCACUCCUCCCAUCCGCAAGACAGAGAAAGUCAUCUUUGACAUUUUCUGAGAUAUACGGUGGAGUGAUAAUGAACAACAUAUCGGGACUAACAACACUACUGGCAAUCGUGUAUGCAAAAGAGUUGACAUGGGAUUUCUCAGCAGAAGUGCUGACAAUAAUGAUGGUGUGCGCCAUUGUCGGAACGCAUGCGUUCUUGAAGAAAACUUACCAUCUUUGGACAUGCAUACCAGUGUUACUCCUCUAUCCUCUUUCAUUGGGAUUGUUUUAUUUUUGCCAAGUUUUCCUUAGUUGGAAUUAGCAAAUCUAUAUGUGUACAUUGUUACUGUUUGUAUACUGAAAGCAUGCUUUCUAUUGUAAAAUGUUGCUUUAUUUAUAUAUGAGAAAUAAAAGAAACUUUUGAGUGA